UCUUAUUAGCAAAAGAUUUGCAAAAAAAUAUAUUUUAUACAAAGAGACCGUUUUCUAAUAUAAUGAUAGAUACAAAAUAAUACGCUGACUUGUAAAUACAAAUCGUUUAUAAAUAUGCGGUUUAUUUAUGAUGCGAAAUACAAAUAAAAUAUGUGGCAAUCGAAUUUGUUAGCAGUGCUAGCUCUACAAAAACGAUCCAGACGAUAAAGACUCGUGGUCAUUGUAUGUGUCCUGGCCAUUACGAUGUUUGUGGAACUUACUCUAAGAGCAGUCACCUGGAAAACAAAAGGGGAUUCGAUUCCCGCCUUAGUUCCUAUAAUAUCAGCAUCAUAUUUUAAUAUCUCAUUUAAGUUAAGAAUAACUAGUAUAGUAAAUUAGAUAAUGCGCAUGCUUAUAACAGUGAGUCUCCUAUAAAUUACGCAAUUCUUCGACAGAAGACACUAUACAACUAAAACUUCUGGCACCUAUACUUUCUUCCUCGUGUAUAUGAAAAAAGAAUGAAGAUCUUAGAGAUUAUUGGGUGUUUACUGGCCAUUAUAGUGGUUAGUUACGCUUACGAUUUCGAACGUGUUGUAGAAUUCUUUACGUACCUUUAUAAAUGCAGCGAAACACUAAACGAAACACUUAUAACUUUUUCAGCGAGACUCAGUCCCGAAUUGAUUAUUUGUGCAUUGCAGAUGGACGGCCAAAUUUUUGACAAUGAAGGCGUGAUGCAACAAGAUGCAAUGCGUAAAUUUAUAACAGACGUCACUCCCAAUGAAAGUGAAGUAGAAUCUUCAUGGCAUGUAUUCGACAUUUGCUGCAGUAAUGCGGACAUUCUGGGAUUUACUUCCACGCUUAAGCUGACGUAUGUUUUUAGCUGCUUCGGACCGAUUGUAUGUAAUCUUUAUGUUUGAUGUGGAUUGAUAAUUUCGCUUUAUACAAUAUACAAAAUCUGUUUUCAUUCUUUAUCGGAUAUUCUGUAAAACUUUUUCUAAUACUGUUGCAACUAUUUAUCUAACUGUAUUAUCUAUAACAAAUUAGUACCAUGACCAUACAAUUCAACAGUAUUUCUGUAAUAAUUGUAUAAAAUGUGUUUCAAUAAAAUAUAGUUGUUCUAUAAAAA